CAUUAACCAUUAGCUAAAGCUAAAAGAAAAGGAAACCCUCAAUUUCAAACCAAAAUCGAAAUAAUAACGCCGCAUCUUUCUCCUUCAGGCAGGCAUCGGAUAAAUAGAAGAAGAACAGCAGGAGAAGAAGCAAAAUAAAAAUAAUAUAAAAUCAAUGGCAGAGAAAACCGACGUGAAUGCAAAAUGGGACGCGUGUCUAGAUCUGUCGGUCCGUCGUUUUGUUUACUCUUCAUUGGCCGGUGCUUUUGGCGGUCUUCUUCUCUUCAGGACCCCAGUGACUCGCUGGGCAUCUAUAGCUUUCGGUGCUGGAGUAGGCAUUGGAUCUGCAUAUACUGACUGUUCUCGAAUUUUUGAUGGGUCAACUGCAAAGUUGGUACCACCUAAGACUAUUUCAAGUGCUCCUGAAGAGUUACAACCUCCUAAUACUUUGAGUACUCCUGUUUCUCAGGAUGGCCAGGACUGAGAACUGAUAUUUGAAGCUAUCCUCUAGUUGCUUUGGUUACAGAUCAGGUUUUUCUUAAGAUGAGAUUGUUGUUGUCCUUUUCCCCAGAUGGCUUAUGAAAUUGUAGAAUGAACAUUGUUGUUCUUGACGGCCACACUGUUAAUGUACUGCAAGUUUCAAUGGAUUGUUACCUUCUGUCCUGUAAUUUUAUCAGGGUAAAGUUUAAAUACCAGGAGAACAAAAGAAAUAAUUGAUUCUGCUGAUAAGAUUGAGAUCUUAUGCGCAAAGUUCAUUUUUGGAAAAAGGUAAUCUUGCAGAAAACUGCUGCUGUUGUGCAGCUUUUAGUUUC